AUGGCUCUGAUUCUCAUAGUCGUGCUGAUUUAUUCCUGCAGAUUUGUAGUUGGUUUUAAUGACUUUCCAUCGCUCAUGACUGCAAAUGCUACGAUGGUGAUCGUGAUUGAAAAAACAUUCUACGAGAGAAAAAUCCUGAUAAAAGAGACAUCAAUCUUCACACGAGAGGCUUAUGAGAAAAGCGUCGCUUCAUUCACAAGUGCGGCUACCAAAAUAGCGAGGGAACGUAUGAAUAUUAGUGGAUUAUCAAUUCAUGUGGCUCAAGAUAUGGGAGCAAAUUUAGCUCGAGAUUAUACAAUUCUCCUGUCAGUGGCGACGUGUUCUUCCACUUGGGAAUUAUUCGGCAGAGCUAAAAAGGAGAAAUUAGUGCAUUUAGCAAUUACGGAUCUGGAUUGCCCACGGCUGCCUAAAGACGAAGGUAUCAGUAUUCCACUGAUUGAGCCUGGGGAAGAGCUUCCCCAAAUAUUUUACGACAUGAGAAUAUCCCGUGGUCUCGACUGGAAACGAGCCAUUAUGUUAUUUGAUGAGAGCUUCGAGCAGGACUCCAUCGGAAAAGUGGUGCAAGCUUUCUGCAACGAAUUACCAAAAUCUGAUCUCGGAUUAGCCUCGAGCUCUCUCUAUUUUUUAAAACGUGGAAAAUCGGAGAUAUCUACGAAACGGAUAAUUAAGGAAAUUCUCGCAGCUUUACCUCCAAGGAAGCCCAUUGACGAUCAUAUCAUUGUUGUGGCUGCUUACAACGUUAUUUCGUUCAUAUUAGAGGCAGCUAGAUCAUUGAGGAUGCUCAGCACAGGCAGUCAGUGGCUCUUUGUUGUGCCAGACAUGGCAAAGUACACCUCUGGGAACGUGACUUAUUUGAUUGAAUUACUCGGCGAAGGUGAAAACAUAGCUUUCUUGUAUAAUGACACCAAUUUGAAUAUCAGGAGUGAUCAAUCCUGUCGAACAGGUGCCACCUGUCACGUACGAGAGCUGGUCGGUGCCCUGGGAAUAGCCCUUGAAAAAUCAUUAUCAAUGGAGAUAGAGCUCUACAAUCGUGUCACUGAGGAGGAAUUCGAACAGGCGGGCACGACCAAGUUUGUUAGAAGUCGAAACUUCAUAAAAUAUAUUCGUGCAAGCACCUGUGGCCGAUGUAUAAAGUGGACCGUAGUGUCAGCCUUGACCUGGGGCAAUCGGAUUGGCUCAGAGGCUGAUAUCGAGCCUCACACACUCUUGGGGACCGGUGUGUGGACACCUGAUCCCGGUUACGAGUCAAAGGACUAUCUGUUCCCCCACGUGAUGCACGGCUUUCGUGGCAAGACUCUGCCCGUAGUAACUUAUCACAAUCCACCGUGGCAGUUUCAAAUGACGAAAACUGAGGAAAUCACCGAGAGUACGAAGGCUCAAUGGGAUGGAUUUGUCUUUGAUGUUUUUCAUGAGCUUUCUAAGAGCCUCAAUUUUACGUAUAAAAUCGUCGCUGUGGAGACUCCGCCUGAGAUUAAUCUGGUGAAGAGUAAUCCACUGAAAGCUGCAAUGUCAGCAGCCGAAAAAGUCCCAGAAAAAGUGACGGAACUAGUGCGUUCGAAAUCAGUCUUCAUAGCAGCAUGUGCUUAUACAGUUGGAGUUUAUCGUAAAGAUACAACCAUAAAGUUCACACUUCCUAUGACAAUUCAAACGUACGGUUUACUGGCACCACGACCCAAGCCGUUAUCCAGGGUGCUUUUAUUCGCCUCACCGUACACCAACGAAUCAUGGGCCCUCCUGACGACCGCAAUAAUCAUCGUGGGUCCCAUACUCUACCUAGUUCACACCUUCAGCCCGCGAACGAUCGACGAAGCAGUGAAAAAUCCUCAGGAGCCGGUCUACAUCGGUCUGAGUUCACCAUCGAGAUGCACGUGGUAUAUUUACGGUGCCCUCCUCCAGCAGGGUGGCAUGAACCUUCCCAAGACCGAUGGGGCUCGAUUGAUCGUUGGCACGUGGUGGCUAGUCGUAAUGGUAGUCGUUGCCACCUACUCCGGCAGUCUCGUAGCAUUCCUCACGUUUCCAAAGAUGGAAGCGCCCAUAAAGAAUGUCGACGACGUCAUCGAGCGUCGAGGUGAAAUCACCUGGAGUCUCCCCCAGGACAGUUUCAUCGAGGAUUUCCUCACCGUCAGCAAUGAAGAGGGACUCGUUGAUUACAAGAGACUUCUGCGAGGGAACGAACCACACGCACAGACGCAUGAUACAGUGAGUUAUGAGGAUAAUAUUCAUGAUGUCAAAGGUGGAAAACAUGUGGUGAUCGACUGGAAGUCCUCAUUGAUGAUUUCCGGGAGGAACGAUUACAUUGAAACUGGCCGCUGUGCUUUCUCUCUUGGAACCGAUGUUCUAUUCCUCGAGGAACCUAUUUCCAUGGUUGUACCGACUGAUAGUCCUUAUCUCGGACUCAUUAAUGUCCAAUUACAAAGGAUGCACGAAUCAGGAUUGAUGGACAAGUGGAUAGCCAACAGAUUUCCAACGCAGGACAGUUGUUCAGACAGCCUAAUGGGUGGUUUCGAAGCAGCCAAUCAUAAAGUAGAUCUCGAGGACAUGCAGGGAAUAUUCUUCAUUCUCAUUCUGGGAUACAUCAUGGGAACAGUGAUCCUCGGUUAUGAAUUUUUCCGACAACAUCGACAACUCGCCAAAGAACGAAAAGUGAUUCAACCAUUUGUCCAGUAG